AAAAGCCUCAUUAUGGAUGUUUUAUUUAACUUAGAAUAAACACUUCUUCAACGGUGUCUAUCAUUAUCCAUGUGUUUUCUUUAUGUGACUAUUUCGGACACCGUUCAUCGAAAAUUUAAGGAUAAACAAGUUCAGCUUUUGAAUUAACAUUAAAUGCGUUUAAAAAUCAGCAGACGCACUAAGUUUAAGGAACUUCAAUGAUCAUCCAUUUUCAAGAUGAUCAGAGCUAUUGGAUUCGGAAUUAUAUUUGGACUGCUGUUUUCAGAUAUCGCAUCUCAGGAGGAAUGCAAUAAUUGCAGAUGUUGCUCCAACAAUGACUGCUAUCAUGGUGGGACAUGCAAAAUGGGAUGCAAAGACGGUUACUGGGGAAAUAAAUGCGACAACCCGUGUACCAGUCACUGUGUAAAAUGUGAAAGGUAUUACGUCAAACCUUGUUUUGAAUGUCAACCUGGAUACUAUGCAUACAAUAAUGAAUGUCUUAAAUGUGUAUAUACUGGGUGUACCUGUUCUACUAGUAAUGUUUGUGAAGGGUGUUUAGAUGGCUACUAUUAUUCUAGUCGCUAUUGCUAUGGUUGCCCAAGACACUGCAGCAAGUGCACAAGCACUAGUCAUUGUACUUCAUGUAAAGAAGGUCGGUAUGGAUCUAUGUGCCAGUACCAAUGUGAAACUGACUGUAAGAAUGGCGUAUGUGACUCAGAGAAAGCUAUCUGUAAAUGUAACACGAACUAUGCGGGGAUUCACUGUACCGAUUGCGUCAGGGGAAAAUUUGGAUUUCAAUGUAAAAAUAAGUGUUCGGCCGGGUGCGUGAAUAAAGAAUGUAAUGGAAAGACUGGAACAUGUUCCUGCAGAAUUGGUUGGGCUGGCAGUAAAUGUAGCAUAUGUGCACCCAAUUACUUUGGCAAUCAAUGCACGAAUCGCUGCAGACUAGAAUGUACAACAUGUGACUACUACAGUAGUUGUCAAUCAUGCGUAACAGGAAGAUAUGGUUCGUAUUGUCAGUACCUGUGUGGGAAAGGAUGUCUUUAUAAUGAGUGUGAGAAAUCGAAAGGACAAUGCUCAUGUAAAACCAAUAUGUUCUAUGGUCAAAAAUGUGUCUCAUGUGUCCAAGGAAAAUACGGACAAGACUGUGAUAAUGAUUGUCCCGGAUUGUGUCAUUCUUGCUUAGAAGCGACAGCCUGUACCUCAUGUAAACCUGGGUUUUUUGGAAGCGUAUGUGAACAGAACUGUUAUGAAUCAUGUAACAGCUGUUCAGAUUUCGAACAAUGUUUGACUUGUAAAACAGGGAACACACACCCCAGCAGACAAUGUUUGUGUCAGGAAAACAUGUGUUCUACACCUGACAGUUGCGACCAAUGUGUAAGUGACGAAUAUUACCCAGACAGUGGAUCUUGCUGUCCCUGUUCAUUGCUACAGCAUUGUAAAUCAUGCAAAGUGGUUUCAAAUAUUACCAAGUGUAUUGCAUGUGAUGAAGGAUUCUAUCCAAACGAGACUGGUGAAUGUUUCAACUGUAGCCUAACAUGCAUAGAAGGCCAAUGUGAUUCGCUUACAGGAAACUGUAAGACAGGUUGCGAAAUCGGCUACUGGGGUAAGCUUUGCGAACACAAAUGCAAUGAAUCCUGUUAUUCAUGCAACCGAUCUAAUGGUGAGUGUUUAAAGUGUGCUUCAAAACUCAAAUAUGGACUGAAUUGUAACAUAAAGUGCAGUGAGACCUGCGUUGACAAAGAAUGCUAUAUAUCUGGAAAAUGUAUCAACGGAUGUUUAGAAAACUCCUUUGGAAAAAUGUGUGAAAAUGAGUGUGACAAAAACUGUAUCUCAAAUGGUAAUGGAACAAGAUGUUCAUCUGAAAGUGGAAAAUGUCUUCAUGGUUGCACGCCUGGCUACACAGCAGGUGUUUGUCCUCAAGUACCUCAGGGUGAAACACAGACUCUUAGUGGAUCAUCAGCAGCCGCUGUAGGUGGAGGUGUUGCUGGUGUUGUGAUACUCAUUUUUGCAAUCACCGUCGUCUUUUUACUCAAGAAAAGACGUGCUGUAAAUAGAAACGAAGAAACGACAACAUUAAGGACCGAUCAAAUUGACGAACAGUACGAGGGCUCAACAGCGGUCUAUGCGACUGUGAAUAAAAACACAGUUGUUCACCCCGAUGUCAUUUAUGUGAACACUGUUGACGGUGCCACCCAGAUAACCGUGAUUUCCAAUCCGUAUAACAAAAGGCCCGCAGAAAAGAACACAAGUUCAGAAAUGAUUUACAAAGAGGACAAUCUGGAAAUUGACGACGAGGACGCUAUUGCACGGGAAAAUGCUAUUAGGUUUGAAGAAGAUGGCGGAGUGUAUUACAACAAUGCCAAUGAGGUUAACAAAACCAAAGUUCAAGUUGAGGAGUUACCUGCGUAUGUCACAACAAAAACGAAAAACUCGCAUGAAGAAGAAUUUGAGAAAUUUCCAUAUGGUCUAACAAAAUCGUACGAAGAUUCACAAAAGGCUAGCAGUAUGUCACGAAACAGAUAUAAAGGAAUUUACCCAUAUGACGAUUCACGUGUGAAGGUUUGGUACAAUGGAUCUGAUUACAUAAACGCAAGCUUUAUUGAUGGUUUCAAAAAACGAAAUGAAUACAUUGCAACCUUAGGUCCGAUGUCAAAGCAACUUGGAGACUUUGGAUUGUUUUGGGAAAUGGUUUGGCAACAGAAAGUUGAAAAAGUCGUCAUGGUUACCAAUUUAAUUGAAGAAAAUAAAGACAAAUGUGACCAAUAUUGGCCGAAUGUUGGAUCGUCUGCCCGUUACGGAAACGUUAAUGUAACUUGUCUGUCAGAAGAUGAGUACGCUGAAUUUACAAGACGAACAUUUCAAAUAUCUCAGAAUUCCAAAGAGAGAAAGCUUCACCAUUUUCAUUUCACGUGCUGGCCUGACAGAGGUGUCCCGGAAGAUGUUACCUCUCUAAUAGAGUUCCGGCAAUUGGUCCUUAACACCUCGACAAAGCUGAAUGGUCCGACAGUGGUACACUGCAGUGCGGGCGUUGGACGAACGGGCACCUAUUGUGCCUUAGAUAUAUUGACGAAGGAAGGAAAAGCCGAGGGAAGCUUGGACAUCCCGGGAUGUGUACUUAAUAUGCGCCAGAACAGGCCCAACAUGAUUCAAACAGUGGGACAAUAUCAGUUUCUUCAUAGAGCUCUUGUUCACUCACUGACGUUGGACUGUAACCCCGUGAAAGGGGAACGUUAUCAGCAAUUUAUGGACAACUUGAGUGACAACGAUAGAGAGAACAUGUUUCAGCAAGUACUGUUCACUGCAGAACAAUAUUCAGAAGAAGAAACUCAUGCAAUCGAGAGAAACAUGAAAAUCACGGGCAAAAACAGAGCAAACGCCGACAUCCCAGGUGACAAGAACAGAUCUCGGCUGAAUAAAGGCACCAAAGAGGGCGGAUCUGAUUACAUUAAUGCUGUUUUUGUUAACGGUCAUUGGAGGAAGAAACGCUUUUUAGUUGCACAAACACCCUUGCCAGAGACAGUCGAUGAUUUCCUAACGCUCAUUUACCAAGAAUCUUGCUCGUGUAUUGUCAGCUUUGAAACAGACAUUGGUAAUAAUGAGAGCGUUGGCUUAUAUUUCCCUGCUGACAAUCAAGUGCCAAACAAGAGAGCGGUCAGUGUGGAAAGUUUACGGCAAGAUGGAAAGGCUUAUAACACAAGAAGAACUCUGAUGUUGAGACAUACGGGCGAAAAUAAGGAGACAAACGAAAUAAGCAUUCCACAGCUAGAGUUCACUGCCUGGGAUAAUUUGAGAAAUACUCCAAGAUCCGCAUCAGAGUUUUUGGACUUCAUUGACGAUGUUGAGGAGGCAUCAAGAGCAUCUACAUCUGGAGGACCAAUUCUUAUUCACUGCAUUGACGGAGCCAGCAAGAGUGGUUUGUUUUGUGUUGUUUCCCUGCUGCUACAAAAGAUGGCCAUUGAACACGAAGUCAGUGUUGUAAAUGCUGUCAGAAAGGUCAAGGCGAGGCGAAGGUUGGCUAUCCCAGUUCAGUUGGAGUUCUGCCAUGAGUGUGUUCUGGCGUACAUCAAGUCUUUUGAAAAUAACAUGUACUCAAACUUCGCUGAAACACAUUGAAAUGCCAUAAGUGUGUUCUAGUGGACAUUAAUUCUUUUGUAUUAAAAGGAUAAACCCCAUUGUACUUUUGGACGUAAGAUAUUGUUGUUAAAACCUAGCUUGGACGAGAAGCAGCUGAGCAGCCGGCCAUUAGAUUUAAGUCUUUUAAAAACAGCAUGUACUCAAAGUUCGGGGAAAGACAGGGAGUUCAAGAGUACAUUCUAUCUUUUGCCAUAUACACAACCUUCAUGUAUUGUUAUGAUUAUAAAUUCUGUUUUAAUAUAAUGUUUGUAUAAAUUUAGUGAACAUACCUUAAAAUGACAUGAGUGCACUGUAGCAUACCUUAAGAUGUCAUGAGUGCGGUCUAGCACACAUCAAGUGUUUUAAAUACAACAUGCUUUCCAAUUUCUGGAAAAAAAACAUUAAGAUGUCAUGAGUGUCUUCUAGCGUACAUUAAGAGUCUUUUGAAUACAACCUGUACUCAAACUUUGGGAAAUACAUUAUUAAGAUGACAUGGGUGUGCUUGAGCUCACAUAAAAUGUUAUGAAAAUAACAUGUAUUCCGAAUAUGGAUAAAGACAUUAAGAUGUGACAUUAAGAUCAGUGUGUUGUAGCGUACAUUAAGAAUGUUUAAUAUAAAAUGAGCUCAAACUUUGUGAAAGACAUUAAGAUGUAUUUUCAUAUAUUGUAUUCCGAAUGUUUCAGGGGAAAAGAAAUUAAGAGUGGUUCUAGCGUACAACAAAACUGUCCUUAAGAAUAGGUUUUUUAUUUAAUGUUGAGUUUAUGUUCAUAGCGUACCCAUAUUCUCAGAACUUCAACUUUGGUGAAAUGCAUUUUGGUGUUGGUGCAAUGACAAGCAUCUUAUAUCAUGAGUUAUUAUAUGGUGUUAGCAUUUAGUGAAUGAUUGUGGUUCGUCUGUUCAAUAUAUAUUUAACACAUUACGAAUACCCUUGUUCUUCAUCUUAUGUAUAUGUAUAUGAAAUAAAAGACCAGUCUUACA